UUUUGCUUUUGUUUGUUUGGAUUUCCUUAAUCAAAUAAUUUUUUUAUUGUUUAAAAAAAUGGAAGAAAAAAUUGAACAAAUUUCCAAUCAAGAAAUAUCAACAACAAUCAAUGAUGAUCAGAAUAAUGUUCUUACACUUGAAGUAUUAUGCAUAAUUAAACAAAGUCAACUUCAACAUGGUUUGAAACAUGGUGAUUAUCAACGUUAUCGACAAUAUUGUGCAAAACGUUUACGAAGAAUUCGUAAAGCAUUAGGUUUUGUUCAAAGUGUUGGAUCAAAAAAUCGAACAAUUUAUCAACCGAAACCAGUUACACCACAGAUUGCAUUCAAUGAUGAUAAAAUUCAAAAUUCCAAAAAUGCUCACAAAUAUCUUUACAUUCCAUUGAUUUGUGCUGAACGUAGUUGGGCAUAUGCUAUGCAAUGUAAACAAGAAGCAAGUACGGAAACUCGUCGAAAAUUUCAUAUGAUUCGACGUUUACGUAAAGCUGUUUAUUGGUCAUCCAGAUUACGUGAUCUUUGUAAUGAUGAAAACAGUCGGUGUGAUGCACGAACCAAAUUGGAAACCUGUGCAUAUGCUGAUUAUUUGAAAGGUCUUUAUCAUUUUGAAUUAGAUCAAUGGCAACAGGCAUCCGAUCUAUUGAAUUCGGCUAAAAAUAUUUAUGAACAAUUAUAUAAAGUGUUGAAAGAUGAAGAAAAAAUGAGCUGGUAUAAACAACGUAUCGAUGAAAUUAAACCAACAUUAAGAUAUUGUGCAUUCAAUAUUGGUGAACAAAAAAUUGGUGCCAAAGAAUUGAUCAAAGAAAUUAAAAAUGAUCAAACAUUAUCCAAUAAAAUUGAUCAAUUGAUCAGUCAAACAUCGGAAAAACAACCAGAUUCAUUCGAUAUUGAAUGGUUGGGUAAAACAAUGUUUAUAAAACAUGAUAAAAUUCUUGAAUUUUUAGAACAACUAAAAGAUCCAAAUAAUGAUUGGAAUCAACUUAAUUGUUUUGAACAAAUGAUUUUUGAUUGUCGUGACUGUCUGCAAUUAUUACGUGAUAAUAAUUUAGAUAAAUCAUCACAAUAUUUUUAUCUUACUUAUUUACGUUUGGAUUUAAUUAUUAAACGAAAUCGUUUACUAAUAACAACAUUACAAAAUCCAUCCGAUCUACUCCGGCAAUAUGAAGCAAUUAUUGGAUGUUAUAAUGAAAUUAAAUCAAUGAAUCUAUCACAAUCAUUUACGGAUACAUUUUUAGUGGAAAAAUUUUUGGCUGAAAUUGAUGCCGAAAUCAUUGCAUAUAAAGCAUAUCGUUGUUAUUAUAUUGCACAUGUUGCAAAAGAAAAUUGGAAAGAAUCAAUUGCAAUGUUAAAUCGUUCAACAUAUUAUUGUCAACAAUCAAUUGAAAGUGAAUAUAUUUCAAAGGAAACUAAACAAGAAAUACAAAAAUUAUUGAACAAAGCAAAUACUGAAACAUUUCAAAUUUAUGGUGAAAAUAUUUCAAAAGAUACAACCGAACAAUUGGCAACAACACCACAAUCACCGAUACUUGGUGAUAAGCCAUUGAUUGAACGUCUUGAUACAUUUAUUGAUGAUCCAGAAUUAUUGAAUGGAAAUUUAUCAUUUGUAAAAUUUCCAUCGGAAUAUCGUGCUAUACCUGCUAAACCAUUGUUUUUUGAUUUAGCAUUAAAUCAUAUCAAAUUUCCUAAUUUGGAUGAAGAAAUUAAUGCUAAUAAAGCACAACAACAAGGUGGUCAACAAGCCGGUCUAACCGGUAUGGUUAAAGGAUGGCUUGGUGGUUGGCGUAAAUGAAAAUUUUCAUUUUAAAUUGAUUUAAAAAAAUAUCAAAUUCUGAAUUUAAUAAAAUUAGUGGUUUUUUGCUCUGGAA